AUUGUCAUGUGGAUAGGCCUUAUGGACGAUUCGUAUUUACAGAGUUGCGAAUGUCAAAUGGCGAAAAGCGAUAUAAUGCGCGUUUUUAAUGUAUCUUUGUACUCUUCACUUUUAUGAUUAUUAAAUAUUAAUUAUAUCGUACGAAAUCAAUUUACUGAUAUUUGAGUUUUUAUCGCACACACACAUUUCUUAAAAAGUAACACAUCUUGAUGUACCUAAAAGUUACGUGCGCAGAAUACGUUUCCAAAUAAAUCUAUUCGUAAAUAUUUAUGUUGCAUAUCUUUAUGCGAUAUGUGCUUAUUUUUGGAGUCAAAGUGUUGUAAAUAAUGGGGGUACACGGUCUAUGGAAAUUGCUCGAAGCAUCCGGAAAACCGGUGCCUUUAGAAAGUCUCGAGGGUAAAGUCUUGGCAAUUGAUAUAUCAAUAUGGAUGUAUCAGAUAUUGCAAGGAUAUCAAGAUCGUCAUAGUAUUCCUAAACCUAAUGUUCAUUUGCUUCGAUUAUUCACUAGAAUAUGUAAACUCCUAUAUUAUAAGAUCAAGCCUGUUUUUGUCUUUGAUGGAGGUGUACCUAUGCUUAAAAAAAAUACAAUUGCCUUGCGCAGGAAGCAGAAAUUUAUUGCCACAAGUAAGGCACAGAAGAUGAAGACAGUGAUAAACAACUUGAUAAAGCAUAGCGUUGUGAAAACGUUUCUUAACAAAGAUUCCAAGGUGGAUCAAGCUAAUGGAACAAUGCAAAAAAUUAUAAAUAUGCAAACUAACUAUUCCAAGGAAGAUAUGUUUACUUUACCUGAUAUGCCUAGCACUAGCAAUGCACAGACUUAUAUCAGUGAUAAUGAAUAUGAUUCCGACACCUCUGUUGAGUUAAGUCCAUCGAAACAAUCCAAAUGGAUGGGAAACAUACAUAGUGUUGAUGUAAGCAGCAGUGAAUUUAAGAUAUUACCUGCAGAUGUUCGUUAUGAUAUACUCACUGAUCUUAAGGAAACAAGGAAACAACUCCUGGGGUCGUUGCAUGAAAUACCCCAAGAAUCACAAGAAUUUUCUGGCUAUCAGUUGGAACGUUUACUUAAACGUAGAUGUGUACAAGAAUUGUUGGAAUCUGCUGAGAAGGAAAUGGGUGAAACGCUAACAUUGGAAGAAUUAGAUAAAUUAUUGCUGAACAAGGGGUUGAUACAAGAGCAAAGAUGUAGCUUUCCGCGUAUAGCUGCAGAUAGUACAACAAGAUUGAUAUACAUCAGUGACAAGAACACAUUAGCAAAAAACUUUGUCAAUAAUGAAUCAGAAGUGGAUAAAGAUGAUAAAUCACAAAACAUGAGUGAGAAAGUUGAAUCUAUCGCUGGCCCAAGUAAUCAUACAGCAAUUGUAGAAGAUAUGAACGAAUAUGAGUUAAAUGAUUCUGAUGAUGACAUUGAUAUACCGAUUCACGAUGAUUUUCGAUUUAUCACGAGAAAUGUAAAUGAAAAUGCACUUGACAGUGAUUGGGAAUCUGAAAUUGAUAUAAGCGAAUCAUUAACGCCAGAUAAAAAAUAUUUAAACAAAAAUACAGCGAAUCCCGCAUUGGUAUAUCUAUUAGAGUAUAGUGGUUUAACUCAAAAUCAGAUUACGAAUCUUAUCAAGUAUAAUAAAAAACAAAAUCAUAAAAAAAUAAAAAUUACAAACGAAGAUGUAAAAGUACAUGAGAAAAAUAUUUAUUCAGAAUUAAUUGAAGACAAAAAUUCAACAAUUGCUAAGUCGGUAUUAGAACUUCCUGAAAAUUCUGUGAAAGUUUUGAAAUCUGUAGAGUCGCAAAAUAUGCAAAACGCAUGCACGACUAACGACAAUAUGACUGUUGAAUUAAUUUCAUCUAAUAUAGAAUCGAAUAAUUUUAUCAAAGAUCAUACACCGUUAAAAAAUAAUACUGAAGCAUUAGAUAUUAAUGUGAUAUCUGAGAAAUGUUCUUCUCCUACAAAAUCUAACGAUAAUAUGGUUGAUAAAUUAAUUUCAACAGUACAGACAGACACAUCAGAUUCCGAUUCUGAGGAUUUCGUCGAAAUUCAAGAUGUUCCAAUAUCUUACAUGGGAAUAUUACAAAAAAAUAUUACAAAGAAAGAAAACGUCGAGAUAACUUUCAAGGCUGAUGAAAAAUUAGAAAAUGAUAUUUUUGCUGAUAUAUUUGAGAAAGAUGAUAAAAAUAAAAAUUUACAAAUUAAUUGUUUGGAACAAAUACAGUCUGUUAAUGAAAACAGUGAACAUCGAAUGUCGAACUUAUUAAUUUCUGAAGAUAAAAACAACUUGAAAAUUAAUUUAUUCGAUACUACAUCUGAAGAAUUAAUCACAGAGAGAACAAAAAUCAAGUCACUGGAGAGAGAAAAUACUCACUUAGUCGAGAAUAUAUUGAAUGAUGAAGACAAAGUGCAUGACUCUCAAAAUUCCAAUAAACUAAUAAAAAAUAAUAAUGUAGAUUUGGUUACUCAAGACAAUACUUGUAAUGAACACAUGCAAGAGAAGACAGCAGUAUUGCCUACGAAUGAAGAAGAUUUAAUAGAAUUGAAGGGACAGUUGGAAUAUGAGCAGGAAGAACUUACCAAAGACAUAGGUAAAUUUGAGAGACAAGCUACCAAUAUUUCUGAUCAGAUAAAAAUUGAGGCACAGGAAUUGUUACAUUUAUUUGGUAUACCAUAUAUAGUAGCUCCUAUGGAAGCAGAAGCGCAAUGUGCAUAUUUGGAACAAAUUAAACUCACUGAUGGUACGAUUACGGAUGACUCCGAUAUUUGGUUGUUUGGAGGUCAAUGUGUUUACAAAAACUUUUUUGACAAUAACAGAAGAGUGUUGCAGUUCUGUGCUUGCGAUAUUCAACAUCAUUUUAAACUCAGUCGUAAUCAAUUGAUACAAUUGGCCCUUUUGGUUGGUAGUGAUUAUACUACAGGAGUAGCUGGUGUUGGACCAGUCACUGCAUUAGAAAUAUUAGCUACCUUUUCCACCGAAGGAGAUAACGUAUUAGACGGAUUAUACAAUUUUUGCUCGUGGAUUAAAGAGGGAAAACCUUCUGAAAAACCGGGCUUGCACAAUAAAUUGCAAAACGUAAAGUUGGAUAGGGAUUUUCCAAGUCAAGCAGUCGUCCAAGCGUAUCUUUUUCCUACUGUUGAUGAGUCAAAAGAGAUUUUUACUUGGAGUAAACCGAACGUUACGCUUCUUUACGAUUAUACUAGACAGAAAUUUGGAUGGACGAAAGACAAGUUCGAUGAUACAAUGAUACCGAUAUUGAAAAAAAUGGAGGAAAGCAGGAAUCAAAAAUUGUUGGAUAUGUACUUUAAAACGAAGAUAUUGCCGCAAUCUAUCGAGCCAACUUUGAGUAAGAGAGUACAAAAAGCUCUAUACAGAUUACAUAGCGCCGAUAUGGAUGUAGAAAAUACAGAUGGCAAAUCUCAAUCUAAAAGUAAAAAAAGUAAUGCCAUUCAGAAGUUGAACGGAGAAGAAAAUGUAGUCGACUUUAAGAUGACAACUAAUGAGACUAAAUCGCCUCCAAAUAUGAAUGCUACCAUCAAUAAGUCUGUUGAAACCAUUAAUCAAAGAAAAUAUACUAAGGAAUAUAUACCACAACGAGAAAAGGACAGAAAAUGUGCAUUAGAAAGGAAGUUGCAUGCUAUAGAAGUACUUAAAAAAUCAAAACAAAGCUUAGGUAAAAAAAGAAAAGUAAAAUGUAUAGUACGAAAGAUCAAGAAAGAGGCAGAACUAUCAGAAAGCGAUAGUAACUAGAUUUGUAAAUUUGUAAAUCUAAAUAAAAAAAGAUUGUAUAUUGUGA